CACCUUCAACUACCAUUUACUUCCAAUCAAACCAACUCUUAUGAAAACCUCAACUCCUUAAAAUUUGGCUAACUCCAACAUCUUGGUUUUCCUUUAACACUCUCCAUCUUCAACAAUAAUCACACACAUAUACUGAAAGACCAUGGACUGGUUUUCAUGGCUCUCUAAAACUAGUCUUGACCCUUCUCUUAUUUAUGACUAUGCUCUUGUUUUUGCUCAAAACGAACUUGAUCAAGAUGAUAUAGAAUAUUUCAACCAUGAAUUUCUUCAGAGUAUGGGCAUUUCAAUAGCCAAACAUAGGCUAGAAAUCCUCAAGCUAGCUAGGAAGGAAAAUAGCAGAAGCUCAAGAAUCCAUAUCUUGCGGUUUAUUUUAGCAAUCAAACAAGCAAAGCAACAACUUGCUAAGCGCUGGAGUACGUGGACUCAUCGACCAGAUUCAAGUGCCCUGCUGCCCCUGAGAAAUUACAGUUCAAGAUGGAAAGCAUCUAUGCUGAAGAGGAAUAACAGAUUAACUGCAGCUAAACAAGAAAGGCCAGUAAUGCAGAGUACUAAUGCUACUCCUAAUCAAGGUAGGUUAAUGAUGCUCACAAAUAGGAGUCCCAAUCUCAUGAUAGAUUAUUCUGAUAGUUGGAUUAGCAGUUCUUCAAGCUCUCCAGUUGAGGGUUUUCGCGAUGAUGAAGACAUGGAUGUCAUUUACAGUGAAGAGAUUAAGUGGGAUGCAAUGUUUCAAGACUUGAAACCUACUUAAGUUCUUGGAACUCUUUACAUCUACUUGAAUUGAAAUGAUGAGGGAUUUGCUAGUUAAACUAUCCUCAUGAUUUUCCUUCGUUUAGAUACCUUUCAGUGGUCUCUGGAAUUGUUGCAUUAUAUUUUUCUGAACUAAUUCCUGUAAGCAGCAGAAUGUAGUGUUUUAGUAACUUAUUUUACCAUACAAAUUUUCUUCA